AACUCUAGACUUUUGUUGUCUAGUGUUUUCUUACUGGUGAUUCUAGAAAACUGUAGUUAGUAGUUAUUUUUUUCAUAUGGGGUUGCAUCAACUCAAUCAUUUAAUAUAUUUUGUAUGUCUCCUUUAGGAGUUGUUUCCACUGCAAAUAACGGUGGGUUUACAAGCAUCAGAACAAAGAAUCUAUCAACACCUGAGGAUCUCUCUGCAUAUGAUGGUUUAGAGCUGCGCCUUAAAGGUGAUGGUCGUCGUUAUAAACUAAUUGUUCGGACAAGUGGUGAUUGGGAUACUGUUGGUUACACAGCAGGCUUUGACACUAUAAAAGACCAGUGGCAGACAGUACGGCUUCCAUUUUCUUCUUUGAGGCCUAUUUUUCGUGCAAAAACUGUAUCAGAUGCGCCACCAUUUGACCCGAGCAAUAUUGUGUCACUGCAGCUUAUGUUCAGCAAGUUUGAAUAUGAUGGAAAACUCAAUCCUACUUUUGUGGAAGGGGAAUUUAAGCUCCCAGUUUCAAGCAUAAGGGCAUAUCUGAAAGAUCCUAUAACUCCCAGGUUUGUACACGUAGGCUCUGCAGGAGUUACUCGGCCUGAGAGACCUGGACUUGAUCUAAGUAAACAACCUCCUGCUGUGCGGUUGAACAAGGAAUUGGAUUUUAUCCUGACUUUCAAAUUGAAGGGGGAGGAUUUAAUUCGGGAAAGUGGAAUUCCAUAUACAAUUGUGAGGCCUUGUGCAUUAACUGAGGAGCCUGCUGGAGCAGAUCUCAUUUUUGACCAAGGAGACAAUAUAAUGGUAAAUGGAGGACUUAUGUUCCUGAUUGCUUGUAUACUUGGUGAACAUUCAUAG